CUGCUGUUGAGUCUGUCGAGUUGGAGAGUGAGGCCUGGUAAGGCCUUGUCGACCUUGGGAGGUGGAGGUUGCCGGCAGUCGCUCCAGCGGUGACUCUCUGUUGUCCCAAGGAGAGUAUUUAUAAAGCCCUUGUGGCACACGAUGCUGUGUUCACGAAGAUUUGGCAGCUCCUUGUGCUUACAUCCCAUCAACAUGAAAGUAUCCCUUGGACUCAGCUUCCUCCUGGCUUUCCUGGACCCGGGGACAUGUCUUCAGUGUGAGGUUUGCCACAGCAUAGGAAGAGGCUGCUCUGGCCCCAUGAAAACCUGCACUGGUGGUGAAGAUACCUGUGGCAUCAUUCUGCACGAGGUCCUAAUAGGGGGGAUGGCAAUCCCUUCAUCCAUCAAAUCCUGCAUGCCAUCCAACAUGUGCAACCAUGGUCCUGUCACCAUGAACUAUGGGAAGGUAAAAGCAAAGGGCCACAUAGCUUGCUGCACGGGUGAUGACUGUCAAACCACCUCUGUUUCAUUGCCACCAGAUGACAACGUGCCCAAUGGGUACCAGUGUCCUGCCUGCUACAGCGUGGACUCCUUCCAGUGCAGUCAAGAAAUUGUAAACUGCACCGGAUCUGAAACCCAAUGUGUUGACUUUGCUGGGUUAAUGAAUGCUGCCGGACAGACUGUGAAAGCUGCCAUGAAGGGUUGUACCACCAUUUCUGAAUGCAAUAUGGCAGGAGAUGGAAAAAACAGCCUGGGGAUGAUGGACAUAAAGCUGAAGCGGUUCCAAUGCAGACCAGCUUUUUCUAUGGACAGAGUGAUUUUUGCUCUUGCCCCUCAACACACCGUCUUCCUCCCUCUCCUAUCAGGAUUCAUCCUGGAGAAGGUGCUUUUCUGACUCUUGCUAGUGCUGGGUUGAGCAAAACCCAUGACAAACUCCAUCAGUGGUUUCUAUCUGAGUCCUGUUCGCUGUAGCUUCUCUGUGUAGUGAGUUUGUUUUCAGAUUAGCUCUGCUUUCAUAUUUGCAAAGAAUAAAGGCAGUACUUGCA